UCAGAAAUAUAUAGUGGCAACUGUAACGUUUAUUUACUGAUUCUAAUGUGAAACUAUAAAAUUAAUUAUUUUGAGAUAACAAACACAUUGUUAAUUUAUUAACUGAUUUAUUAAUUUAUUAGUUAAAUCAUUGAAAGUAUAAUAGAAAAAACAAAUAAAGUAUACAAAGUGAUCGUAAUCUUAUUUUCCUCGUGGAUAUUGAUAUAAAACUAACAACACCAAAUCGUUACCAAAGCCGAAAAAAACAUUAAAAGAAGGAACUGUUUUCCGUAUGCUUCCAGUUGAAUUUUUAGUUUAUUUGCUUAUUUAACAAAAGAAAGUUCCCAUUAUUUAUUAGUGCGAAAAUUCUAAAUCGCCUUUUCGUUCGAAGAUGUUACUAAACCGAAUUGGAUUCUUACUGCUUAUACUUCCCUUCUCAAUGACCUCUCCUACAUACGAGACGACACAAAGUGAUAAUUGGCAACGUGAUAUACUUAAACUACAUAUUGGAAUGUACAAACCGGUUCCGAUUUGCGAGGAUAAAACCUAUUGCGAAAAUACGUUGUAUUAUCCAAGCGAUAUAGUGUCGAGGGAAUUAGGAAAGAAUCCCCAUCUUCAAGAUUAUGCUACCGUGGAUGAUAUAGAUUCGUUACCAGGAUACGGGGAUGAACUGGAGGACAAACCACUUUGUUUGUCUACGGAGCAACUUAUAUUUCCUAAAUCAGGAAUAACGAAAAAUUUGGAAUGGAAGUAUAUCAUAAACCAUGAAGACUUGGUACAAGCUGUACGCAUCGAGACAUGCGUGGAAGAGAGCCGACCAUGCAAAGUGAUCGAUGGUUUCGCCGAAGGAUACUAUACAAAGUGCAAACAGAAGUUCAUAUAUCGCCAACUCUUGUCAUUGACGGACAAUGGUACGAUAACCAACGAUUACUUUGCAUUCCCAGUAAAUUGUUGCUGUCAUGUCGAAUUCAAAGUUGACAAAUUUUUACAUUCAUUUAAUUCUCAUAAGAGAUUAAAAUGAUGAGGACAAAUGGAUGCCAUGUGUAACGUGAUAUUAAAUAUAAAUAUUAUGGAUAUAUAUCCUAUAUUUAUAUUGCAUUUUCUUA